AUACUUUCGUCUCACUCAUACAGUACAAGAGCAUCUCACUGAACAACCUAGCAUUCUCGCGGGAAGAGGCCGCAAGCUUCGUGACUAUCAACUGAAGGGCGUGGAGUGGCUUGUCUCAUUAUUCAAUAAUAAAUUGAAUGGAAUUCUCGCUGACAGCAUGGGCCUGGGAAAAACUGUACAGACAAUUUCACUGCUCGCUUACCUGCAUGAGCAUAAGGGUAUUCAAGGUCCGCAUAUGAUAGUAGCGCCUUUGAGCACGCUGAGGAGCAAUUGGGAACAAGAAUUUGAGCGGUGGUUGCCGUCGUUUAAAAUUGUUUUAUACGAUGGUAACAAGCAGCAACGAAAAGAACUGCGAGAAAG